CAGACUGGAUAGUCGAAGCUCGUGUCGCUGUUGGUGCGCGGACUCACUUCCCUGCUUGGCAUUGCUUGUACCUACGCUCGUGAUUUGGAGCUUUUACUAAAAUUGAUGAAUACCACCUACAUGCUUAUCGCAUGGACAGAAAGUCACGAUCCUGAUGUGAAAGAGGGGAAGAACCAGAACAGAGUCGCAUUCUUCUAUCCCGACACCCACACAACAGCUCCUGACAUUACCCAUUUCAAGUGUCACCGGAAAACUGUCAGAAGACUUGAGCCAUGCCCUGCGUUCAGGCUCAGUAUGGAUCAUCACCUCAAGGAGCCAGUCCAGCUUCCCAGAGCUACAGCUACCACACCGCAGGAGAAUACAGCUGCGACUUCUUAACACCCGAAUUUGUUAAGUUUAGCAUGGACUUGACCAACACUGAGAUCACAGCUACUACUUCUCUACCAAGUUUCAGUACAUUCAUGGACAACUAUAACACCAGUUACGACGUUAAACCGCCCUGUCUCUAUCAGAUGCCCCACUCCGGAGAGCAGUCCUCUAUCAAAGUGGAGGACAUUCAGAUGCACAGUUACCAUCAGCAGAGCCACCUGCCACCCCAGUCUGAGGAAAUGAUGGCUCACUCUGGGCCUAUGUAUUUCAAACCCUCCUCGCCUCACGCCCCAAGUACGCCAAACUUCCAGGUUCAGCCUAAUCACAUGUGGGAGGACCCUGGCUCCCUCCACAGUUUCCACCAGAACUAUGUUGCGGCCACGUCUCAUAUGAUAGACCAGCGCAAGAAUCCGGUGUCAAGGCUUUCGCUCUUCUCCUUCAAACAGUCCCCGCCCGGUACUCCUGUUUCCAGCUGUCAGAUGCGGUUCGACGGGCCGCUGCACGUGUCCAUGAACCACGACAACCCGGGCGCACACCGCGGCCCGGACGGCCAGAGUUUUGCGGUGCCCAGCGCUAUACGGAAACAGUCUGGCCUGGCCUUUCCUCACUCGCUGCAGCUCAGCCACGGGCACCAGCUGAUGGACAGCCAAGUGCCAUCGCCCCCGUCCCGAGGAUCUCCGUCAAACGAAGGUCUGUGUGCGGUAUGUGGGGACAACGCAGCCUGCCAACAUUAUGGAGUGAGAACCUGCGAGGGUUGCAAAGGAUUUUUCAAGCGCACAGUACAGAAAAAUGCAAAAUACGUGUGUUUAGCAAAUAAAAACUGUCCUGUUGACAAACGCCGAAGAAACCGUUGCCAGUUCUGCCGUUUCCAGAAGUGCCUUGUCGUCGGAAUGGUGAGAGAAGUUGUCCGAACGGACAAUCUAAAAGGUCGAAGAGGACGCCUACCAUCCAAACCCAAAAGUCCCCAAGAGCCUUCCCCUCCCUCGCCGCCGGUCAGCCUCAUAAGCGCACUUGUUAGGGCCCAUGUGGACUCCAAUCCCUCCAUGUCCGCUUUAGACUACUCCAGAUUCCAGGCUAACCCUGACUACCAAAUGACUGGAGACAACACUCAGCAUAUCCAGCAGUUCUAUGAUCUCCUGACGGGCUCCAUGGAGAUCAUCCGAGGCUGGGCGGAGAAGAUCCCUGGCUUUUCUGAUCUACCGAAGCAAGAUCAAGAUCUCCUCUUUGAAUCCGCCUUCCUUGAACUUUUUGUCCUACGGCUGGCAUACAGGUCCAACCCAGUGGAAGGAAAGCUUAUUUUUUGUAAUGGAGUGGUUUUACACAGACUACAGUGCGUCCGUGGAUUUGGAGAGUGGGUAGACGCCAUCGUGGAGUUUUCUUCCAACUUGCAGAGUAUGAAUAUAGACAUCUCAGCUUUUUCCUGCAUCGCAGCACUGGCCAUGGUAACAGAGCGACACGGACUUAAGGAACCCAAGAGAGUCGAGGAUCUCCAAAACAAGAUCGUCAACUGCCUCAAAGAUCAAGUGACAUUCAAUGGCGGCGGCUUGAAUCGUCCCAACUACUUGUCAAAACUCUUAGGAAAGCUCCCAGAACUGCGCACACUCUGUACCCAAGGUCUGCAGCGUAUCUUUUACCUAAAGCUAGAGGACCUAGUCCCUCCGCCAGCAAUAAUUGACAAACUUUUCCUCGACACCCUACCUUUCUGAGUCUGACUCAAUGGCGAACCUCAAAGAACUUCCAAAAGACUAUUUGUGUCAGACUUGACCGAUUUUUAAAGUUGUUAUUUCUGAAUAUUUGCAAGCUCCAUAUGCUAACAGAACAACCACAUUAUGAAUAUGAAUUCGUGAAACAGUAACACGAGGGGGAAAAAAGACAAAGUCUAAUGGCUGUGCGGGCCUUGAUUUUUCCCCCUUUUCUCUCUUUUGUUUGUGCCAAACAACUGAAUUAUCACUGGUCAAUGCUCUCCGGUGGACAAACUGUCAGCAAAUUUAACUUGGUCUUGCAAUCAUUUACUGUUUGUUUAACCUCGGCUCUACUGAUUCAGCAUACUCAGAUGUAAUAUAUUCCAUUUAUAUAGAAAUAUAUAAACCCACGCACACACACUGUAUAUUAUGAUAGAUUAUGUGAUGCCUCCAAUGCAUCGGUUUAUAACAUGUGUAAAAAGUUUGUUAUAAUGAAAAUAUUUAAUUUUCUUUUCUCUUUUGACUCGUGCCUAUGUGUUUCUGACAGGAUCCCAAAAGCAUCCAGAAAAGACAACGCAUGAUUUAGUUUCUUUUUUUCCCCUCCCACCCCUUUUCCUUUUUCUUUUAUAGGCACUUGCUGAGGUGAUGUCUAUAUAUAAUAUAUACCGGACACUAUGUAGUCUGCUAGAUUUGAUACUGAUUCGUAGUUAUGGCACUCCUUUUAUGUAUGACGCAUAUGUGGAAAAAUAUUUCAUCUGUAUAGAAAAUGAGGGACCCAUGGUGUUUGUAAAACUGUCAGACAUUCCUUGUUUGUAUGUGCUGUAAGUAUUGUUGCUGUUGAAUAUAAACGUUUCUAUAUAUUUAUUAUUUCUAUUGCCAAGAGCUACACUAAGCAUGGUGCAAUUUAAACGAUUUCAAACCAUCCAAGUUUCAUGCUGAGCACGUUGUCUAUGUUUUAUGUCUUAUAAGCGUCUAGCUAGUUAUAAUUUAACACGUUUUGGAACUGAAAAAUCCCAUCUUAUAUGAAGAGGUCCAUGAGUGUGUGAUAUAGGCCUACAUCUUUGGCAUCAUGGUGUACUUACAACUUCUGUGACGCAUUUGGUGCCGAAUUCAAAAAACUUUAGAGAGAAAGAAAUAUUUAAUGUUUACAAAUAAAACUUUUAAAUCGAUCCUUUGCUAAACACUUUCUCUGAAAUUUAUUCUUCAAAUUCAGACUUUUCCAAUCCCCAAGAGAGAGCGAGACACACGAGAAAUGAUGCAUUUUCUCAUAACUUCUUCACUGAAUUCUCAGUUUUGUGGAAGCUGUUGCGAUCAGCGCUCAGGCUCGAUUGCGCAAAAAAACCCAAACGUUUUUUAUAAGGACACCACAAUAAUAAUAAUUUCUGUUAUCAUCCUGUUUAAAAAACGUGACAGGAUGCGAUGAGAUAUUUAGUUCAAGCUAAGGGAGUAAGUCGUUGCAUUAAAAGAUGAAAUAUUCGUAAAGGCGGGCCCAUUUUAAUUGGAUUUGGAUUUUUAAAUUUGACAAAAAUAUGAAUCUUUACAGAGGCGCAUAUUAACGACUUCACAAUUUUAAGCUUUCAUUUUCCGACUCUAUUGAGCUCAUAUUUCAUUUAUCCAAAUUCAAUUUAACCCACUUACAUUUUAGGAGUUCUAAAGUGUCGCCAUGCGUGCAGGUGUGUAUUUCCAAUUAUUUCUAAUAUUUUAACAAAUAAAGGUGACAAUUUUAUUAGUCUAUCCUUUGCCGAUAAAAGAUUUCCUCCCUUUUCUAAUGUCGCUGUCUAACUAAAGAAGCGAUGCAACAGAUUAAACGUAGGAAUUUAAAUUGAACAUAAAAAACAAUUUCUCGAACGACUGCUUAAAUGAGAACAUCGGAAUUCAUCUUAUAAUUCAUCUGUUCUUUGCUGAUGUAGCGCGGAUGAUUAUAAAACUUUAACUUUGUGGAUCUCGACUUUCCUCGUUACCAAAAAAGGUGAUUAAAAAUGUAAUGACGCGCUUUAUAUUAUCCCAGUCUGUGUACAAGCUGAUUUUCUUUUCCUUUUGCGCUUCCGCUCCACUGACCUUUUAUAAUUUAAAAUCAGACUUUUAACCUAUCCUACCGACAAGUCAGAUCAGAGCUAGAACUAAACAGUUUUACAGUCGGCAGUUUUCUGGCAUAAAAAAAUCCGUCUAAAUGCAACUUGCCAUUACAAAUAAGAAGAAAAAGGCGUUCGAAAAGCUUUCUGAGAGGUGAAACCCGGUUUGAGCACAGGUAGCGCAGGCUCGCAUUUCGCGUUCCAGCGCUCCAGUUGUCUGUGAAAUUUAAGUGAAGAGACAUAUGAUGAUGCACAAACAGGAAACCUUUACUGCGUCGUUGUGCGGCAUUUUUUUUUUUUUUGCAAACCGAGGCCGAUGUUUUGUGAAAAUACGAUACCCAGUUGGUUUUUAAUAGUUUAGUAAUACGCCAGCUUUUACCGACAACCUCCCACAAACCCCCCGGGAAUGAAGUUCCGCGCCUCUUAUUUCUUCUACAUCCUCCCCCUUCCGCUGUAUCAGCCAUUAAAGUACACAGGUAAAAACGUCCCUAUGUAGGCUGUAUCCUUUAAUCCAGUGCGCUGAUUAAUCUCACGCAACUGCGGUGAAGAUUUUUUGUGAGAUGUCGCUGCACAUCACAUCUGCAUAUUGUGAACUGCACAAGUAGAAAUACAAGUCAUUUAGAAAUGUAUACAAAACGGCUGUGAUUAGCUUGAACAAAGUGAGGCAGGGCCGCUGUCACUAAGCCUUUCCUUCAGUCUAUCAGGAGGGAGAAGUGACGCGAGGCUUUGAGGCAUGUCUGGGACUUAUCCACAACGAUUCCACAUUUAUCACAUGAUCAAGAUGAAGGGAACAGCUUAUUUUGAGAGAUAUUAGCAGCAGGCAAUAAAUUGUCUAAAUAAUUACAUCGUCACUGUAAAGUGCUAAUUCCAAGGCAAAUUGGGAUUGUGCUCAGAACCAGUUUGCUGACAUUUAGCAGAUCUGUUGAAAGGGUGCAUUACAAUGUCACAAGUUUCCUCUAUUGACUCUAAGUACAGUUAGGUUUUAUACAUGUCUAUCUCAAUACAAUAAAACAUGACACAUGUAGCCAACACUUCUGUCACUGUUUGUGCAUGAUUAUAUAUAUGCUGCAAGACUUUGAGUCUCAAUUUAUUAAGUGCCUAAUUUCUUCCCCACUCUUGGACACCAGCGAAAGGUUAGGCAUGAUUGUGUGAGCACAAGUUGGUCUACAAGAAAGAAAAGAAAAUCAUUUUUCACUUUUACAGUCUUGUGUUGAGCCCCUGAACACAGAACAACAACGAAAGCCAGCAGGUGGAGGUGGCCGUCUCCCAAGAACAAAGCCCGCAUAUCUGCCUCUAAGUGCUCAUACACAAGGUGAGAAAGACAUCGAAUUAAAAAUCUCUCAGUCUUAGAAGAGACACGAACUCCGCACACUGUGGCAGUCUUGCAUUUGGUUGCACGCUCACCUGUACACUGUGGUGAUGCUGACAGGUUCACGUGUGUUGUAUGUGGUGGAUUUAAAGUGUUGUCAGUC